GGCUCGCCGCGCCUCUCCCCCGUCCGUCCAUAUUGCUGCAGCCCCCGAGCCGGGAAGCCCGGGCCGCCCCGGCGGCGGGGGGGAGGGAGGGACAGGACGAGAAGCCUGCCAGGCUCCGGGGGGUGCCUCGCGAGGAACGGGCGGGGGGGGACGCGCGCCAAGGAGGCCUGGACCGCAGAGUGGGGGGCCUUCCUCCCCCCCCCCCCGCCCCGCCAGCGGGCCUCGGAUCUACGGCGGCUGCAUCCGACCGGGAGGGAGGCCGCGCCUAGCGUGAACCCCGACCCUUCUCCGCAGAGACUGGGGCCCAGCGCCCCAGUGGAAGGCGUCGCGGGCGCUCUGAGAGCCGAGUUCGAGGCGGGGGAGGCCGCCUCUGGCGCGCCCGGCUUCUCCGGGGGGGCGGGCGCGCAGAUGGCCACUCAGGUGGAGCCGCUGCUGCCGGGAGGCGCUCCGCUGCUGCAGGCCGAGGAGCACGGGGGGCUGGUGAGGAAGAAGCCGCCGCCGCCGCCCGAGGGCCAGGGCGAGCCCGGGGCGAACGACGUCGGCGGGGGUGAGCCGGACGGCGGUGGCCGGAGACCGCGGCCCCCCUGCGCCAAGCCACACAAGGAGGGCAGCGGGCAGCUGGAGCGCGAGAGCCCGCGGCCGCCUCAGCCUCCCGGCGUCGAGGGCCUGGCCUUCAGCGACGGGGAGGAGGGCAGCGGUGAGCCGGGCGCUGGUGGAGGAGUGGCCGCGGGCGCCGGGCGCCGAGACUUCGUGGAGGCCCCUCCGCCCAAGGUGAACCCGUGGACUAAGAACGCGCACCCGCCGGUGCUGGCCGCUGUGAACGGACAGUCUCUCCCAGAACAUUCUGCUCCAGCAAAGGUGGUGAGGGCAGCAGUUCCUAAACAGCGCAAAGGCAGCAAGGUUGGUGACUUUGGAGAUGCAAUCAACUGGCCCACACCUGGAGAGAUAGCCCACAAGAGUGUGCAGCCACAGUCCCACAAGUCUCAGCCUGCCCGUAAGCUGCCACCCAAAAAGGACAUGAAGGAACAGGAGAAAGGAGAAGGGAGCGAUAGUAAGGAGAGCCCAAAAACCAAAUCGGAUGAAUCAGGGGAGGAGAAGAAUGGAGAUGAGGACUGCCAGCGAGGGGGUCAGAAGAAGAAAGGGAACAAACACAAGUGGGUCCCAUUGCAAAUAGACAUGAAGCCUGAAGUGUCAAGAGAGAAACUGGUCUCGCGUCCUGCUCGCCCACCAGAGCCACGACACACACCUGCCAACCGCGGGGAGAUCAAAGGGUCUGAGCCUGCCACCUACGUGUCUGUGCCUGUGGCCCCCCCCACCUCAGCCUGGCAACCAGAGACCAAACCGGAGCCUGCCUGGCCCGACCAGGAUGAGACAUCGAGUGUGAAGAGUGAUGGGGCUGGUGGGGCACGGGCUUCCUUCCGCGGCCGUGGACGGGGGCGUGGUCGUGGCCGCGGACGUGGCCGGGGUGGCGCUCGAACCCAUUUUGACUACCAGUUCGGCUACCGAAAGUUUGAUGGUGCAGAGGGUCCCCGAACCCCGAAGUAUAUGAACAACAUUACCUACUACUUUGACAAUGUCAGCAGCACUGAGCUUUACAGUGUGGACCAGGAGCUGCUCAAAGACUACAUCAAGCGCCAGAUUGAAUACUACUUCAGCGUGGACAAUUUAGAGCGCGACUUCUUCCUGCGACGGAAAAUGGAUGCUGACGGUUUCCUUCCCAUCACUCUUAUUGCUUCCUUCCACCGAGUGCAGGCCCUUACCACUGACAUUUCACUCAUCUUUUCGGCCCUAAAAGACAGCAAGGUGGUGGAGAUUGUUGAUGAGAAAGUCCGCAGGAGGGAGGAGCCCGAAAAAUGGCCUCUUCCUGGUCCCCCAAUAGUGGAUUAUUCCCAGACCGAUUUCUCCCAGCUUCUUAACUGCCCUGAGUUUGUGCCCCGCCAGCACUACCAGAAGGAGACAGAGUCGGCGCCUGGCUCUCCUCGUGCAGUCACCCCAGUGCCAACCAAAACGGAGGAGGUCAGCAACCUAAAGACACUGCCCAAGGGCCUGUCUGCCAGCUUGCCUGACCUGGAUUCCGAGAACUGGAUUGAAGUGAAGAAGAGGCCUCGGCCCUCCCCAGCACGGCCCAAGAAGUCAGAGGAGCCCAGGUUAGUCCACCAGACCUCUGUGCCUCAGCAACUGCCCUCUCAGCAGCUGAUGUCCAAGGAUCAGGAUGAGCAAGAGGAACUGGAUUUCCUGUUUGACGAGGAGAUGGAGCAGAUGGAUGGACGGAAGAACACCUUUACUGCCUGGUCUGAUGAGGACUCUGACUAUGAAAUUGAUGACCGGGAUGUCAACAAGAUCCUCAUUGUCACUCAGACGCCACCUUACAUGCGCCGGCACCCAGGGGGGGACCGCACAGGCAACCACACCUCCCGUGCAAAGAUGAGCGCUGAGCUGGCCAAGAUCAUUAACGAUGGACUCAACUACUAUGAGCAGGACCUGUGGGCUUCAAAGUUCGAACCUGAGUACUCCCAGAUCAAGCAAGAAGUCGAGAACUUCAAGAAAGUCAACAUGAUCAGUCGGGAGCAGUUUGACACACUAACCCCUGAGCCCCCUGUGGAUCCCAACCAGGAGGUCCCUCCCGGGCCACCCCGAUUCCAACAAGUUCCCACUGAUGCCCUGGCCAACAAGUUGUUUGGUGCUCCUGAGCCUUCUACCAUUGCCCGCUCUCUACCAACCACUGUCCCAGAGUCGCCAAACUACCGCAAUGCCAGGACCCCCCGCACUCCCCGGACACCGCAGCUUAAAGAUUCAAGCCAGACGUCACGGUUUUACCCAGUGGUGAAGGAAGGACGGACCCUAGAUGCCAAGAUGCCUCGGAAAAGGAAGACAAGACACAGCUCCAACCCACCCUUGGAGAGUCAUGUGGGCUGGGUGAUGGAUUCCCGAGAGCACAGGCCCCGGACUUCUUCCAUCAGCUCCAGCCCCUCAGAAGGGACGCCUACGGUUGGCAGCUAUGGCUGCACCCCUCAGUCGCUGCCCAAGUUUCAGCAUCCUUCCCAUGAGCUGCUCAAGGAAAAUGGCUUCACACAACACGUCUACCACAAGUAUCGUAGGCGCUGCCUUAAUGAGCGGAAACGCUUGGGCAUUGGCCAGUCUCAGGAGAUGAACACUCUCUUUCGAUUUUGGUCCUUCUUCCUCCGAGAUCACUUUAACAAAAAGAUGUAUGAGGAGUUCAAGCAGCUGUCUCUGGAGGAUGCCAAAGAAGGCUACAGAUAUGGUUUGGAGUGCCUUUUCCGAUACUAUAGUUAUGGCCUGGAAAAGAAGUUCCGGCUGGACAUAUUCAAGGAUUUUCAGGAGGAAACCAUGAAAGACUAUGAAGCCGGUCAGCUCUAUGGACUGGAGAAAUUCUGGGCCUUCUUGAAAUAUUCCAAAGCCAAAAAUUUGGACAUUGACCCCAAACUUCAAGAAUACCUCGGCAAAUUCCGACGUCUCGAAGACUUCCGAGUGGACCCCCCCAUGGGUGAAGAGGGCAACCACAAGCGACACCCAGUGGCAGCAGGAGGUGGUGGCGGUGAGGGCAGGAAGCGGUGCCCCUCCCAGUCUUCCAGCAGGCCCACUGCCGUGAUCAGCCAACCCCCCACACCACCCGCCGGCCAGCCCACCCGGGAAGAUGCCAAAUGGACAACCCAGCACUCGGCACACUGACUUUGGGAAAGUGAAAAACCCCUUGGCCCUGGGGGUUUGGGGGAAGGGGGAUGGGCAAGAGUCCAUGGGGCACCCAGUCCCAGGAGAGGGGACAGAGAAGGGACAGGCCUCUAGUCAUUAGGAUGGGCCUUUGUGCUGAGUAGCAAUGUGUACACCUUUUGGGCUUUCAGAGGUACCCCUGGGCAGGAGCCUCCACACAUUCCCUUCCCCCUCCUCUCUCCAUGACGUCUUCACAUCCUAGCUUCUUCUAAGGGGGGAGGGAACAGGGAGAUUUUAUAUAUAUAUACAUAUAUAUAUAUACAUAUAUAUAUCAAGUUUUAAAUUAUUGAUAGUUCAUUUGGAUUACCAAAUCACUCUGUAGCCCUGCCCUCGGCUGAUAGGCCGCAACCCUGGUCCCCACCCUACAGCCUCCUGCUCCCCCUCAAGCCAACUAUGCAGCCCACAAGAAGGCCCUGUGGGCCCAUUGCCCAGCACUGUCCCAUUGAAGGCUCUGCAGCGCCCCUGGGCCCCACGAGCACCGGCCCCUUUAUCAUCUGGGGCUUGCCAUCACCAUGUUCUCCCUACUGCCCCGUGCCCUUCCGCCAUCUUCCGGGAGAAGGAAACCAAAGGAUCUAAAAGUGGUGGGGGAGGUUUGGCCUCUCCCCACUCCCCUCUCCCCAUACCCCUUACUCCCCAGCCCAGAGAGACGCUGCUCAUACCAGAAAAGACUAUUGAAAGAUGAUUUAUUUUAUUUUUCUCUGACCUUAUCAUCCUUGGGGAAGAAGGAAAAAAAAAAUGACAAAACCGACCAUAAAAGACCAAAAAAAGAAAAUCGGAAAACCCCCACCUAAUCCGCAGCAAGUGAUGUUUUUCUCCUACCCUUGGAAUUUGUUUUGUUUUGUUUUGUUCUUUGAAAUAAUAUUUUUUUAAAAGUUGCCUUAUUGUGGAGCGGGAAUCUGAAAUACCCAAAUGCCUGUUUUCCUCGGUGGAGUCCACUCAGAGCUCUCACCUUCUCUGGAUGUGCCUGGGCUGGAUUGACUAGACUCUUCCUCUGGACUGAAUUGCAUGUACAGUGCCUCCUGCCUUGGAGGCAAGAGAGUUGGGGGUGGCUCGGAUGAGAGCCAUGCCCGAAUAUCCCUGCUGUUGCAUCGUUUGAAGCUGACGUCCUGUGUCUACACUGCUGCCACUGUCGUGUCCUUGCUCUGCUUGCUGUUGCCUCACACUAGGCCCUGUCCCUGCUGUGAUACCCUUCAUCCUACCCUUGGAACCCCAAGGCCAAGUUUGCUUCAAACUGUUGGAGAAGAGCGUUGGCCUGGACCUGGGACACACACGUCCUCAGCUUGACCGUCUCCCCACUUCAGAGGGGAAAGGUGAACACCUGGCAGCUGAGGCUUGGAAGUGUUUCUUAUGUUGAGACCUCAAGGAGGCUUUGUCUCAUAAAAGGUGGAGAAAAAUGCCAUUCUCCUCCCUUGGGUCUGGUGGGGUCUCCCCAUCUUGCAUUCCCCUCUGCAAGCCAUCUCUGCCCAGCCUCCAAUUGACCCUGCCUGGGAACAAGGGACGAGGAGGAGUUGAGGGCUGGGGAGAACCCUGCCAGUUGGAGAAGCCCCAUGGCAGGAAGGUAUAUGUGGACAUAGAGUAUACCUGACUUCUCCAGCCACUGACUGCUUGGGUUGGGCUGUGAAACAAUGGAAUGGCUGGAGUCUACAGGCAUUUGGAGCUGGGGGGGUGGGGGUGAUGCAGGACUGACCCACACGGACUGGGCUGUGUGUUGGGUGUGGGAUGACAAUGCAUCCACCCCCAGUGGGGACCAGGCAGCACUGAAAAGUUUGUGGUAAUGUUGCUCAGUUGCUGACACUUUCUUGGCCCUCUUUUUCAACUCCCUCUGUUGGGCCCAAAGGUUGGGAGUAGGGGACAGUACCCCAGGGCUUGCCUCUGUCUUGGGCACGUCGUUGCUUUUGGCCUGCCCCCUCAUCUCUGCCCUCCCAGUGGUUGGUAUGUUGGGAAACCCAUCUCAGUUCCUGUGACCCAGUUGUCUCAAAAGCCACGGAUGAGUGUCUGAUCUCUGCUCUGACGGCGGGAUCUGCAGCCUUUCCCUGCCCUGUCUGGUGCCCGCCCUGUGUUGUACCAGACACGACUUCUGCACCCCUGCCUCUGCUGUAUCUCCCCUUUGCUUCAGGUUGCGCAGCCCUGUACUGUAUCCAGCACCACAGAAACCUCAGUGUUUGUCCUCUGCUGGGUUUGGGGCACAAGGAAGCCUUGGGGGUGUGGGGACAGGCUGUUCUGAUAGAGAGUUUAUUCCCAGGCCUGGGGCUGCCAUCUUCUCCUUAUCCCUCCCCACAGACACCCCAGAAAGAGGAAGCCCCUGUGAGGUGAGGACUUCAUCUCAACAUAGGCUGAGGAUGGGGAGAAAGGAGACUUUUUUUCUUUUUCCUUUUUUCUUUUUUUUUUCUUUUUUUUGUAACAUGUUAGGAGUUGAUGUUGCAAAGAGUAGUUUACAUCUUCACUUUCUGAAGACACUUGAAUUUAGGACCGACGUAUCUGUGACAAGCAUGCCAGGAGUGGCAGGGGCCAUCAGGGCUUGCCACUUCACACCCACCAUCCUCUCAUGGGGAUCCAAGAUCUGAGACACAAAGCAACAGCCUGCCCAGAUCCUUCUGUUCAUCCUGUAUCCUUCCAGGAUUGGUCCAUGCCAACACACCCUUUGUGUGUCAGCCCUGCUCGGGGCAGGUUUCUCACCCUCUCCUGAACCUGGAAACAGGUGCACUACCAGCAGAGAGGGGCUGCCAGCCGAGCCCCAGCCUGGACUCAGAUGCUGAGCCCCAUGUCAAAGUUGUGUUCUGUUUUGUUCAUUUGUAGCUUCCCUUCCUCCUUUCCUGGUGAUUGAUUUUAGAAAAGAAAGCUGCUCAGAAGGCCCUAGAAGUGGGGAGAGGGGCAAGGAAGGCAACUAGGGUUGGGGUUUUUGCCAAAAGCCUGGGUAGAGCAGUCUGGAUCAUCUGGCGCCCUCCUGAGUGGGACCCCAUAGUGCCUCCUGUGUGGAGGGUCCCUGGACUUGCCCCAGCCCCACCCUCUCCUUCAGCCAUGUUGACGGUGGCGGCAGAGAAGAUAGGAACUUACAGCCCAUUUCUCACUGGAGAGGAAAACAUGUCACCUGGCUUUGCGGAGAAGGUUCCACCUUAUGCUCAUAGUACAUUAUCUUUACCAUGUGCUAGGAUAUCACACUUAAAAGGACAAACAAUGUAAAAUACUUGAAUGAGCUUGUAUUAUAACAUUAAUAUUAUUGAGAGUAUCUGCUUUCCAGGCUGAAGUGAUUCAUUAUUCUAGUCUGCUUUAGUCCUUUGUAAUUUGUGGUAAUUAUGCUUUUCUUUUUAAUACAAAAAAAAUGUAUAAAAAUAAAAACUUGAAAAGGCACAA